AUGCCAUUGCAGCGUCUGUCGCUACACCCAUGGCCAUGUAUUUUCCACGCCCCGCUACCAGCAGGCGUAGUACCGCAGUUCAUCGUUCCUUCCAGCAUAGACAAACUAACACCCUACAACCACUCCGAGUCCCAGGGAACGCGCUAUUUCUGUAGUACCUGCGGCUGCCACAUCGGGGAUAAGUCACACGAUGACGGGGGCUGGGUGAUAUCUACGGCUAUCUUCUCCGAGCCAAACCAGGGUAUAUGGGAGAUGCCUCACAUGCUUUUACCAAACUCCUCGCCUGAUGGAGGGCUUUCGGCAAUGUUCUCGCAUAUUGGUGAUCGCGAACUUGAUGUUAUUAACCCCGAGACGUCACUGGAUGAUAGCAAGUCACAAGACAGCAUCCGAACAGGCGCAGUCGAAAACGAGGGUGAAGAAUUGCGCGCUGGAUGUCACUUCGGUGGCGUUUCGUUCUCUAUCGCCCGUCCUAGAAAGGAAUUCCUCGCUAGUCCUGCAAGCGAGGGAUGGGUUUUGUCAAGAGCCACGACCAAGUGGCUUGCGCUUCUUGAUCUCUGUGAUGACUGUCGUCUGGUCGAUAGCUCGAAUGUUAUAGCUUGGAUGUUCGUUCCGAGCGUUGAUUGA